AUGGAGCUGGAUCGUAUGCAAUCAGCCGGUCUGCGUAAGGACAUUCGCAUUUCAGAGCUCAUCAAAGAGUUGGACGCCGCAAAAACUAGAGUGAAAGGACUAGAGGAGCUGUGCAGGAACCAUAUGGGCAAUGUCCGACUACCUUCUCAUCCUUCAAUAGAAAAGACGUCUACAGAAGAUGAAGAAACUGAAGGUGGUGCUCAGCAGAACGAUCCAGCCAGCGGUACCUCAGACGAUCAAACUAUGCCAGUGAGUACAUCCAAGGACGCCAACGUUCGCGCAAUGACAGCUGGUCCACGGCCAUCGCUACGGAAAAUUUUCACAACAUCCAGAGAUCAUCGAAUUGAUGGAAAAGCGCGUCCCAGUACUGCAGUCAAUUCGUCACUUGAACCGUCUGCCCCGCCUCCACUGGAUAGAUCCGAUACAGUUCCUGUGCUGAGAAGCGUGCAGAUUCUGAACAAUAUCCCUCGAGACAAUCAACAUCCAGAUGAGCAGCCAUCUAGCAAAGAUUAUCACGAUAACCCCUAUCUCACAGACAAGGACAUUGUUGAAAUCACCGAAAGCGAAGACUCAGACAUCGACAUCACCGAUAUUCUCGAAAAUUCCACGCGAUCUGCUGCCUUGUCCACGCGAACACAAUCGAGCAAGAGCCGUGAUUCAGGAAUAUGCCGAGGAGACUCCUUUCCAACAAAGCAUACACUUAAUAAACAAAUUGUGUAG